AUGCCCAGCCCAACCCAAUCCAUCCACAUCCUCGGGCUCGGCAGCAUCGGCUCCUUUCUCGCCCACUCAAUCCGCGCCCUCCCCAACCCACCCCCAGUCCGCCUCCUCAUCCACCGCAAAACCCCAUACGACCAAUUCGCCUCCAAAGGCUUCACCCUCAGCCUACGAGUCAACGACGACGGGCCCCUCCAAGAACAAUCCGGCUUUGGCGCCGAACUCCUCAGCACAUCCACCUCAUCCGAACCAAUCCAAAAUCUAAUCGUCGCCGUCAAAGCAUCCGCAACUGUCUCAGCGCUGCAACCAAUUCAACACCGACUAGGUCCACAGUCGACUAUAUGUUUGUUCCAGAAUGGGAUGGGCCAGAUUGAAGAUCUGAAUGAGCGCGUUUUUACGGAUGAGGCGCGGAGACCGACGUAUAUGUUUGGGAUUAUGCGGCAUGGUGUUUACCUGCGUUCGCCGACGGAAGCGAUAUUGUCAGGGUUGAAUGGGCGGGCGGCGAUUGGAGUCGUGGAGGAUGAAGAGCGGACAGGGUCGAAACGGGCUGAUCCGCAAUUCCUACUAGAUACGCUGUUGCGAUCGCCGAUUCUGCACUGCGAGCAAUUAGCGUGGAAUGAGUUAUUGCAGAAUCAGCUGUUCAAGCUGGCGGCGAACUGCGUGCUUAAUCCGCUCACGGCCAUCCUCGAUGUUCGCAACGGGGUGAUUAAGGAGAAUCCUGAUCUGCAGCCUUUGAUACGGCGCCUUCUCCGGGAGAUUUCCUUGGUGUUCCAGAGUCUGCCUGAGAUUAGGGAUUUGCCGAGUGAUCAGAAGGAUCGAUUCGCGGUUGCUUCGCUGGAGAGCCUUGUGAUGGAUACUAUUGAGAAGACGGCGGGGAAUUCGAGUAGUAUGCGAGAGGAUGUGCGCAAGGGUCGGGCCACUGAGAUUGAGUAUAUUAAUGGCUGGGUUUUGAGGCGUGCGAGGGAGUUGGGGAUUGAGUGUGAAGCGAAUGCAGGUUUGAUGCAGCUUGUGCUGGCGAAGAGUCGGUUGUCUAUGGGAUCCUAG